AGUUUACAAUUAGAGUUUAUCGUUGGCUGUGACCCGUUCGGGUAGCGGACAGCGGAUACUCGUGCCUCCUGCCUCCUGCCUUCUGGCUUCUGCCUUCUGCCUCCUGCAGCCUCCGUGGAUCAACAAAUGCGCAAAAAUCAAACAAAACUGAACUGUUGGCUUAUGUCACUCCCGUUUCCUUCCACAGUGAAAACCGAAUCGAAACAGUGACGAAAUACAAGAAUAACAUUGAAAAAGUGAACAGAAAUCCUUGAACAAAAGGCAGAAAAGCAAAACAACAAGCCGCAAAUUUGAUCCCUGUGGAUACGAGUUUAGUUGUUUUCCGUUUUUGGUUUCCUCGCGACCCCCUACAUUGUUUUUCUUCGCUGGCAACGUAGUCGGCCAUUGAGUUGGCCGAUACCAAACGACCUUCAAAACGUUUUGCGUCGAGGCAAUACGCACCAUGGGCUGCGCACAGUCUGCCGAGGAGCGAGCCGCAGCCGCCAGGAGUCGCCUCAUCGAGCGCAACCUCAAGGAGGACGGCAUACAGGCGGCAAAGGACAUUAAACUGCUGCUGUUGGGCGCCGGCGAGUCGGGAAAGAGCACAAUAGUCAAACAGAUGAAAAUCAUUCACGAGAGCGGCUUCACUGCGGAGGACUUUAAACAAUAUCGACCGGUUGUCUACAGCAACACAAUACAAUCAUUAGUUGCCAUACUGCGAGCGAUGCCAAACCUAAGUAUUCAGUACAGCAAUAAUGAGCGGGAGAGCGAUGCUAAAAUGGUGUUCGACGUGUGCCAGCGCAUGCACGACACCGAACCCUUCUCGGAGGAGCUGCUGGCCGCCAUGAAGCGUCUCUGGCAGGAUACCGGUGUCCAGGAGUGCUUCUCGCGCAGCAACGAAUACCAACUGAAUGAUUCCGCUAAAUAUUUCCUGGACGAUUUGGAUCGGUUAGGCGCCAAGGACUACCAGCCAACUGAACAGGACAUCUUGCGCACUCGUGUCAAGACCACUGGCAUCGUUGAGGUUCACUUCUCCUUCAAAAACCUCAACUUUAAAUUGUUUGAUGUGGGCGGCCAGCGUUCUGAGCGCAAGAAAUGGAUACAUUGCUUCGAGGAUGUCACGGCGAUCAUCUUCUGCGUAGCCAUGUCGGAGUACGAUCAGGUGUUGCAUGAGGACGAAACUACGAACCGCAUGCAAGAGUCGCUGAAGCUGUUCGAUUCGAUCUGCAACAACAAAUGGUUUACGGACACCUCGAUCAUAUUGUUCCUGAACAAGAAGGAUCUGUUCGAGGAGAAGAUACGCAAGAGUCCACUGACAAUUUGCUUCCCCGAGUACACAGGUGGACAGGAGUAUGGCGAGGCGGCUGCAUACAUUCAGGCUCAAUUCGAAGCGAAAAACAAAUCAACCUCAAAAGAAAUCUACUGCCACAUGACGUGUGCCACAGAUACCAACAACAUUCAGUUUGUGUUCGAUGCCGUCACCGAUGUCAUCAUAGCAAACAACCUGCGCGGCUGUGGACUGUACUAAGCCAUUGCCGGGACAUGUGGAGGAGGUGGACAUGGACGACGACGACGACGUGGAGCAGAUGGGGGGCGUUAGCAGGGAACACCGUAACGGUAUUAAAGAGCAGCGCGGGAGCACAACAACCCACCAGCAUUGAUCAAAAACAAAAGAAAAUUUAAGAGCAAACGAUGAUAGAACCAACAAACAAGCAAAGCCCAAAGAACUUUUAUUUGUUUAACAAAGCGAACAGAUGAUCCCGCGUACGAUGGGAGGACAUGCAACCAGUAACAUUAUAAUAUUGAUCCAGAUAAGAUAAGGAGAUGCGGAAUGCUAAUGCAGAUCACAGAUCGCGGAUCCCUAGAUCGAGAUCGAGAUCGACGUCGGUUACGAUAUGUGAUGUGAAGACACAGCUGACAGUGAGCCACAGACAAGCAUUUGAGAAGCAGUUGAUGAUUGAAAGCAUUUCCUAUAUACAUACAUACAAACAAAAAAGCAUAUACAUACAUACACACAUACAUAUGCAUUAUGCAAGCCCCAUGUACGACAUGACAGCCACACACGAGCAUACACGCAUAAGCGCAUAGUUGUUGUUUGGUCUGAAUAAUUUUUAUAGAAUUUCAUAAUUCAUAAUUUACGUGUAGCUUAGUUUCCUCAUGUAUUUAUUAAACGAAUGCCGAACGAGCGUAUAUACAGCAUAUGUAUGUGCCCACACCUCUAUAUAUACACAUACCCACAUACAAUACGUAUAUAUAUAAAUAAUAUAUAUUUAAUGUUUCCUGUUGCAAUCUCUCUUUGAAAUUAUUCAUGCCAUCAACGCUCUCUGCAUUUGUCGUGCUUGUUUAGACCUAAGUUUUGAAAAGUUGCAACAAAACCGAACAACAACAAGCAGAACAACAAAGUAAUAAUAUUAAUAAUAAUUAAUUUGAUUGCGUUGCGUGUCAGCGUGUGGGCAAAAGUAAAUAUAUAUUAUAUUGUACGACAUUAAAGUGAACAAAAACAAACCAAAAGGAAACACAUAAGAACACACAAAUACACAAACACACACACACACACACAUACACAUAUAAAAGUAAUGAAGGAAAAUCUUAAAAAUUUAAGUCUAAUUUAAAGAUAAAAGAAAAGGAUAUAAAUCUCUAUCUAUUGUAUUUACAAACCCAAACUAAACUAAACUAAACGAAACGAAACUAACAAAAAAGUAAGAGUAACGCAAAGCAUAUGUGGCCACUUAACUAACUUGUGUAAAAAUCAGCAGUAGCAGCAGCCAUCAAUGAUUGAUUGACUCGACGAUUGAUGCGUUUCAAUGUAUGUAAAUUGUAAUUUGUUGAAUUUACGUGUAUAGGAGAGGUUUAGCUGGCAUACACACAACACACUGAACACACACGCACAACAAUUUCAUUUGUAUUCACUUAACGCUGAUUUAUUGUAAUUAAACGAAUUCGUUGCAUUUAUUUAUACAUACAAACAAACAAACAAAACCCACAAAAGGCAAAGCGCAUCCUACUCUGGCAGCGCACAAAAGCAUGCUAUACUUUUGCCAUGUCUCACACACACAAACCAACAAACGGAUCAACAGCAAGGAAAACUCAAGCAAGGAUUGCAUGUAAUAAUCUAUACACAAAUUGUACGAGUACUUUAAUGUAACAGUACGACACAUAACUGUAUGCGAAUGCAUAUGUACAUAUGUAUGUAUGCACAGUUGUAUUAAGCGUGUGGCAUUUAACCCGAGCCCCGAGUAUGUUGAAUUGUUUGAUUAGACUUAUUAUUGUAAUUAUUACCUUUACGAGUACUUUUGUAUAUGCUUCGUAUGCGCACCGUGCAUUUGAUUUUACAGAAUCAGUUAGCGGCAAUGAAUUUAUAUUGUUAUUUCGAUAGUCUUUUCUUUUGUAUGUACACCCCCGCAGUCCUAUACCUUCCCCUAGUUCUACUGGAGGCCCUCUGUACCCUUGUGCUCUUGCUCUAGAUGGACAAAUCCACUUAUGUUUUAUAGUUUUUAAGUCUAAUUUAUGUAAACGCACACGAACACACACAAACAAACAACUUAAGCAUCAAAUAAGUAAGUUUAUUAGCGAAAUAAAUAUUAUUUGACAUUCAGCAAAAGGUUCAACAAUUUUCACAAAGCUUGACGAAAUAUUUCGCAUACUUUGGCAGUCCCAGCCAGCGUCUGUCUGCCGAGACCCCUCCCUCCAGACACUUUUCGAAAGUUGUGUUGGCCACAGAACCGUACCCUCUUUCCGUAAAAUUACGUUGACCUCCAAUCAGUGAUUCGAUUUAAUUCGGCCAGCCAGCAUCUUACCAUUUCCAUCUCCUCUAAUCCCACUCUAACUAUCCCAGCCCAGCCCAACCAAAUACUGUAAUAUUUAAUACGUAUGUAUUUUCCAUUCAACUUUUAUAAUUCUACCAAAAGGAAAAACAAAAACUAAAAAAUAAACGCAAAAUCAUUUUCAAUAAAAACUAUUUAUUCAAAAACAAAAAACCCCACAUAUUAAAUUUUUAUUUAGUUUUGGUUCCAUGAUUUCUUACAGCCAGAGAGACAGGCAGAGAGAGAGAGAGAGAGUUUUUGUUGGCCAUGUUGCAUGCCAUAUAGUUGGAAUGUGAGUGGAUGGCUGGUGGCCAUGUAGUACAUAUUUAAGGAACUGCCGCAGACCAGUAGAAGAUCACGAACUAAGGUUCAAUAAUUGUAUGUAAUUAUAUUUAAAUGAAAAUUUAUAUAUUUAUUGACAAUUUAAGCCACAACAAAGUUAUUCAUUUACCCUCGAGACAAAGUAAACCAAAUCGAUCUAUAUACAAAUAUUUAUACAUACAAACAUACAAUACAUACACACAUACAUAUGUACUAUAUUUUUCUCGUAACUAUAUCUAAUGGAAAAUACUCAAGCGCAGUGUUUACAUAUAAUUUUCCUCCUCAAAGUAGCUCAACUCUUGCAAAAGGAGAGAGCGCAAACUAAUUAACUAAUUAAACAAACACUAAGAUAUGACUAAUAGCAACUUCAUUCAGAUUCAGAAACAGAUUCAAAUUCAAGCAUAGCAUAGCAUUAACCGCAGUAAACCAACAAACAUUUUGCAUAUUUUCAAUAUUUAACGGAAUAGAAACGGUGACGGAAUGGAAUCAAAUAUAAUUCAUAUUUUUCUAAGCUCAUAUUGUACACCUCUUUGCUCCACACACUCACGAGUCGCAGCACUACUAAAAUUACUUUAAUAGCAGUUAAAACAGUCCCAAGUGAGUUUCAUGAAAAUACAUACA